AUGAUAAAUCAGGAGCUACACGAGUCGACUGUUGCUGCAGAACUGCGUUCCACUGAACUCAUGCAGUCGAAUGAUGAGCGAUCAACGCAUCACGAGCGACCAAAGAGACGCAACAAGUCGCAACGUGGCUGUACGAACGAUAUCCUUGAGACGAAUCCAUUCAAACAGGUGCAAGUCCUUUGCCUUCAGGAAGGAACGUUCCCGUCUCAAGGCAUGAAGUCGCCUCGAGUGUUCCCGAAUUCGACGAUCAGAGCUGGAAAAAGAGCAGUCCAGAUCAUCGCAUACGUUGGGAUCGAGAUCACGAAGACGACGCCAUUUUCGCGCUUGUUCUGUGCUCGUGCACCGAUCCCUCAUACCCAGAACCGGAACUGGACCAGCUGGGCGGUCCCAGUACUACUUCGUAGUUCCAUAUUGUUGGGAGAUGAUGUUAGGUGUGACAUAGCACUGCUCGCCGGUAUACAGCCGGUAAGUACGUGCGACGAGUUCAGCUAUCGGAGACUUUGCCCACGCUAUCGCGUCUUCUGCCCUAUUCAGAGCAGUUCUUUAUUUGCAAGGAGAGACGUGAACAACAACAGCAGUUAA